AUGGCUUCCGUACGUCUCUUAUUUUCUACCCUUCUAUUCACCAUCUUCUGUCUGCAACUGCUUUUCCUUUCCCCAACCCUUUCCACGUCCAGGCGCGUGCUGCACAAUCAUGUCACUGACCAAAAUGAAGCCGGGUUUAGGGUGGCCCUCACGCAUGUUGAUUCCGGGAAAAAUAUGACGAAGUUUGAGCGUUUACAACUCGGUGUAAAGAGAGGUAACCUCCGGUUAGAAAGACUCAUCAAUAACAUGAUGGCUAGAUUAUCGGUUGAGUCAAGUUCACAAGUAACGUCACCCGUUCAUGCUGGAAACGGAGAGUUCUUGAUGAAUUUGGCUAUCGGAACUCCCCCAGAAACGUACUCUGCCAUUAUGGAUACUGGUAGUGACCUCAUUUGGACACAAUGUAAGCCAUGCACCAAAUGUUUUGAUGCACCAACACCCGUUUUUGAUCCGAAGAAGUCAUCGUCAUUCUCUAAGGUCUCAUGUUCGAAUAGUUUAUGCAAGGCGUUACCAACUUCGGAUUGUGGAUCAGAUGGCUGUGAGUAUUUGUAUUCUUACGGGGAUUACUCGUCGACACAAGGGAUUUUAGCAACAGAGACGUUUAUGUUCGAUAAGGUGUCCGUGCCGUCGGUCGGGUUUGGUUGUGGAGAAGAUAACGAAGGUAGUGGGUUCAAUCAAGGUGCUGGGUUAGUAGGGUUAGGAAGGGGACCUUUGUCUUUAGUUUCACAGCUCAAAAAGUCAACAUUUUCUUAUUGUUUAACCUCCAUUAAUGAUGAUACAUCAUCAGGAAACCCAUCAAGUACUCUCGUAAUGGGAUCUUUAGAAAGCCAAAUAGCAAAUGAUAGCGUUUUCACCACUCCAUUGAUCAAAAACCCAUCACAACCAUCCUUUUACUACCUUUCACUCCAAGGUAUUUCUGUCGGAAACGUUGAUUUACCUAUCAAGAAAUCGACUUUCGCAAUCAAUUCAGAUGGGACCGGUGGGGUCAUCAUCGAUUCGGGUACAACCAUUACGUAUCUUGAAGAAUCUGCUUUCGAUAUGCUGAAGAAAGAAUUUGUUUCACAAACGAAUCUGAAUGUAGAUAACUCGGGUUCGACUGGUUUGGAUUUAUGUUUUGAGUUACCUUCAGAUGAUGGUUCAGGGGAGAUGUCGAUCGAGAUUCCCAAGCUAGUGUUUCAUUUUGAUGGUGCGAGUUUGGAUUUGCCAGGGGAGAAUUACAUGAUCGGAGAUACGAAUGCUGGAGUGGCGUGUUUGGCAAUGGGGGGUUCAAGUGGAAUUUCGAUAUUUGGAAAUAUUCAACAGCAGAAUAUGAUGGUGGUUCAUGAUCUCGAGAAGGAGACCUUGUCAUUCAUUCCAACUAAAUGCAAUCAGUUGUAG